AUGUAUCGUUGGAAUAACUUGAGGAAUUGCUGUUACAGAGUCCUACUGACUAGGAAUUACUGCAAAGCAGCAGGGGAUAAUGAAAUGGUGCUUGAUUCCCUUUAUACAGAUGAAGAAAAAAGAAAUAUUCUUGAAUGUUUUAACAAAUCUUCCAUUAUGGAACUAAUGGCUACCAAAAACCUUAACAAGCAGAAGAGUUCCUCAGUUGUUUCACAUCGUGAAAAGUUUGGAGAAUUUACUUGUCUCACUGAUAUCUCCAAAGUUCCUGGUUUUGGACUGAUAACCCUUCAGAAGUUAUGCAAUAUUCUCAAAAGAGUUACCCAUGAACAGCUUAAAGAGUCUGUCCAUAAAAUGACAGCAGAAGUUGUGAAAAGUCAACCAAAUUUGUCAAAAGAAAAGUGUAAAUCUAUUCAAAAUAUUGUUGCCAUGGAUAUCCAGGCAGACCGUAUCACUUGGUUGAAGAUGAGUCGAGAUCUGCAUGUUGAUGAUUGGCAACAGGUCAAGAUCUUCAACAAGCCUUAUGUGAAAUAUGAACCUGCUGUCUACAUUGAGAAGAUGACAGAGGUUGUGAAUAGCCUUCCUUCUGCAGGCAUCUACACACUUGAAAACAAAAUUUACCGUUAUCCAACCAGUUCUUCCAAUACGAUGGGAUUCAACAAGAGAAGAUUACUUGCUGUUUACUACAGGCACUUACAUUUUACAAAUUGA